GCCGGCCGCGCCCUCGCCCCUCCCGGCCUGUCCCCGCCUCGGUUGGCCCCGCGGAGGUUGGUUUGGGAGUAGUCCUUGAGGAAGUGACACAGAGAUCUCCCAUGUGACACCGGAGGUCCCCGAGGAGUGCUGUCUUUGAGGACCUCUCUUUGGGCUGAUGGAGAACUGGGCUUCCUGCGUCCUCUGUGCCCAGCUGAGAUUAUGGUGGAUUUGGGCUGCGGCCCAGGCCUGGGCCUCCUGCUGCUGACCCAGCCCCGGAGGCGUUAGCAAGGGCCCUGCGCCAUCCACCCCCGGAGACCACCCCUCCUACUAGGGGCCUGGAGCUGGCGAGUGACUAUGCGGCUUGGGCUGUGCGUGGUGGCCCUGGUUCUGAGCUGGAUGCACCUUGCUGUUGGCAGCCGGGGAAUCAAGGGGAAGCGGCAGCGGCGGAUCAGUGCCGAGGGCAGCCAGGCCUGUGCCAAGGGCUGCGAGCUCUGCUCCGAGGUCAACGGCUGCCUCAAGUGCUCGCCCAAGCUGUUCAUCCUGCUGGAGAGGAACGACAUCCGCCAGGUGGGCGUCUGUCUGCCAUCCUGCCCGCCCGGAUACUUCGACGCCCGCAACCCCGACAUGAACAAGUGCAUCAAAUGCAAGAUCGAGCACUGUGAGGCCUGCUUCAGCCACAACUUCUGCACCAAGUGCAAGGAGGGCUUGUACCUGCACAAGGGCCGCUGCUACCCGGCCUGCCCCGAGGGCGCCACAGCUGCCAACGGCACCAUGGAGUGCAGCAGCCCUGCACAAUGUGAAAUGAGUGAGUGGUCCCCAUGGGGGCCCUGUUCUAAGAAGAAGAAGCUCUGUGGUUUCCGGAGGGGCUCUGAGGAGCGCACACGCAGGGUGCUCCAUGCCCCUGGUGGGGACCACACCGCCUGCUCUGACACCAAGGAGACCCGGAGGUGCACAGUGCGGAGGACACCGUGUCCCGACGGGCAGAAGAGGCGGAAGGGCAGCCAGGGCCGGCGGGAGAAUGCCAACAGGAGCCUGGCCAGGAAGGAGAGCAAGGAGGCGGGCGCCGGUGCUCGGAGACGCAAGGGCCAGCAGCCGCCACCGCAAGGGACAGUGGGGCCACUCACAUCCGUGGGGCCCACCUAGGGACGUGGCCCAGCCUCCCACCCAUGCAGAAAGAGCCCAGCACUGCUCUGUGUGAUGAGAGCUCUCCUGAACUGGCGUGUCGGGGACGUGUACACACACAUACUCCAUCCAUCCAUGCACCCACAGAUACACACACACUCCCAUGUGCAAACACACGACUGUACAUACAUGUACACAUGCAGCCGAGGCCACUGGAAGCACUUGCAUCCCUUGGACGGUACUGGGCGGGAAGACAGGCAGGCAGAGGGCCAGCAGGCCACGAAUGGUUGACACCCGGGGAUAGAUUUGAGGUGCCCAGCUGUGGCACAGCGGGGCCUUCCAGGGGAACCGCUAGGAUCGGACCAGCCAGACGUGGCCGACAGGAGCCGGGGCUCAAGGACUGCUGGGCCCUGGGGAGGCCUCCUCCCGGCCCUGCCCGUACCCCUGGCGUGGGCCUUUGCUGUGGGGGAGCACUGUUACAUACCCAUGGUACCCGGCAGGGCUGAUCUGUCUCAGAACACUGCUUCAAGGUUUAUUUCAAAUUAAAACAAAACAAAACAACAGCGGUAGCCACAGGUACCGGCUUCCUUCUCAGAGUUUGAGGAUUGGUGAGGUGCUCAGGGGAGCGAGCAGAGACAGGGCUGAAUUUCAUGAGCCCCCAGUAGCCUCCUCGACAGAGAGUCCAGAGCAGGCGGAAAACUCUGGAGCUGCUCUGGAGGCUGUCGCAGGCUCGCUGCGUCUUCCUUACUCAGAGCACGGCUGGGGCCAGUGGCGACGGCAGUAGUUAGAAGGGGGGAUCUCAGGUCCCACCUCUGACCUGAUGAACCCGAGUCUGUGUUGUAACAAGAUUCCAGGUGACUGGUGUGCAUGUUACAGUUCAAGAAGCUGUGCUGGGGACCAGCAGUUGGCAUAAUGGCUAUGCGCUGUACUAUGUAGUCAACUUUGGUUC